AUGCAGAAAUCGCGGGGCCUGCGAGGCGAGGAGGCGGGCACCAGGGCACCCCCUAGCCCCGGGGUGCCUCCGAAGAGGGCCAAGGUGGGGGCCGGCGGAGGGGCCGCGGCCGGUGGAGGGCCCGCGGCCGGGGCGCCAGUCUUCCUUCGGCCCCUAAAGGACGCCGCGGUGUUUGUGGGCUGCGACGUGCGGCUGCGGGUGGUGGUGAGCGGAACGCCCCAGCCCAGCCUCAGCUGGUUCCGAGAUGGGCAGCUCCUGCCCCCGCCAGCCCCCGAGCCCAGCUGCCUGUGGCUGCGGAACUGCGGGGCGCAGGACGCCGGCAAGUACAGCUGCAGGGCGCAGAACGAGCGGGGCCAGGCCUGCUGCGAGGCCCUGGUCACAGUGCUGGAGGUCGGAGGUAAUGGGGAGCUAGGGGCUGGCUGGGUGAUCAGAGGUCCAGGCCUGCCAGGGCCACGUGGAUGA